CGUGAAUCGUGGUUCUAUUUCCGGGUUGAAGUUGCAGUCUGGUGAGAGUUUUCAGGCUUUUUGCGUCUGUUAUAUCGACAAGCAGUUCGCAGGUGUGGAUGAUGAACUUGGGCAUUGGGACCAGGAGGAAAAGUGGCAAGCUGCAGCCUUUUGACAGUAUGGCAGUACUAGACCCUGACACACUGACUGAGAUUAAAAAUCUUUUUAGUAAAGUUAGAACCUAUGCGAAACCGUCCAGCAGGGAAUGGCGUAUCCCUGACCCUAACGUUGUACUUAGACACCCACCACAGGAGCACUGCCGGCUACAGGCCCUAAAGGUGUCACUGAAUGGCGUAAAGAACCAGCUCAGUGACAAGAAUGUCCAGGUCUGGCAUCAGCACACCAACUCCACCAAUCGAGCUGGGAAGGUGAUCGCAGCCGUACGUUCUGCUGCCAAUGCGGAGCUCUGCACUCAGGCCUGGUGCAAGUUUUAUGAGAUUUUGGGAACCUUUAAUCCUCUUCCACAAGAGGCUCUUCACAAUGGAGAGCUGAACACAGUCCACCUGUGUGAAGCUCCAGGGGCCUUUAUAACUGCUCUGAACCACUAUAUCAAAACCAACCAGUCCACAUGCUACUGUGAUUGGAGUUGGGCCGCCAACACUCUCAACCCGUAUCAUGAGGCUAAUGGGGGGAACAUGACCAUCACAGAUGAUCGGUUAAUUGCCAACACGCUGCCCUGGUGGUUCUUUGGCUCAGAUAACACGGGAAACAUCAUGGUCCAGAAACACUUGCUGGAGUUACAGGAGUUUGUAUCUAACAUGCAUAGGGUUGAUAUGGUGACAGCCGAUGGUAGCUUUGACUGUCAGGAGAACCCAGAUGAGCAGGAGGCGCUGGUGGCAUCACUGCAUUUUUGUGAGGUCACAGCUGCGCUGCUGCUCCUGAGCCCUGGUGGCUCCUUUGUGCUGAAGAUGUUCACACUGUAUGAGCACUCCUCUGUGUGCCUGCUCUAUCUGCUGAACUGCUGUUUCCACUCUGUCAGCGUCUUCAAACCUGCCACCAGCAAGGCAGGCAACUCUGAAGUUUAUGUUGUGUGUCUGAACUAUGAGGGCAAGGAAGCUGUACGACCUCUGCUGUCAAAACUGAUUCGUAAUUAUGGACCACAUCUGGCUGACCGAGAGGCGCUUAUCCCAAACUCACUUCUCCCAGAGUCGUUUCUGAAACAGCAUGAAGAAGUGUGUGUCUACUUUCACAUGCUGCAGGUGGAGACGAUCACAGAAAACCUGCAACUGUUUGAAGAAAUUAGCUUUGAACAGAGGCAGCGGCUCGACCGCAUCAGGGACUAUACUGCUCAUGAAUAUCUGCAGCGCUUCCAGGUGAGCUUUCUUCCACUGAGCCAAUGGAUCUCUCGUCAUACGGUGACUCCCGCCUGCUGCAGCGUCUCUGCAGGCCAAUCUCUGGGACAGAAGAAGCAGAUGGGCUCUUUCAAUGAGCGGAGGGAACUGCAGACCCUGAGCUGGAGGGAGCGCAUUGAACGGGGUUGUCAUGCUGCCUGGAUACAGAGACACUGCACUGACGCUGGUGGGACAGGCUGCGUGCUGGAAGGACUCCUGUCUGAGUGUCAUGUAGAUUCAUGGUACAUUCUCAUCGGUGCUGCACUUCCUGCACUCAGAAACUCUCCAUUCUGUGAAGGAGGACUGUUAAACCACUUAAAUGAAGCGCUGAUGGAUACAGUAGUAGACUGGACCCAUGUGCCUCCCUGUGGCUCAUGCCAUGUGGUUUGCACGGCCUCCAUCUUGUCAGAUGUUGCAGGUAUUUGUGUCUCAAAAGGCCACAGUGAUGGGAACAAAAACAAGAGACAGUGUCUGGUGUUUGGGAGCCACUCGGUGUGGGGUACCUCUGAGAGCCAAAUUGAAGAUUUAGUCUUAACAUUUUCGGUAGAGCCUUCACCUCCUCAAAGACAGGGCAUCACUCUGCACGAUGGGGAGCCGCUGUACCAGCAGCAGCUUUUAGCUUGUGUUGUGCUUUCCCUGCAGAGCCUGAACUCUGGGGAUGCCCUACUGCUGCCGGUGUUCUCUGCUCUCACUCGUGUCACAGCAGCUGUUGUGCUCUGCCUGCAUGUGUGUUUUCGGUCGGUCACGUUCAGGUGUCCACCCCCUACUGGCAUGGUCGGAGCAGUGCUUGUGUGUAUUGGCUUCUGCCCUAAACCUGCAGCCCGAAUACUCCCUUUUCUCACUGACGUGCAUAACUGUAUGAGCAAGUUGUUAAAAGGAGAGGACAACGUGAGUAAAAAUGAGACAGACAGACAGGUGCUGCAGUUUGUUCCCAUGGAUGAGCUGCUCACUGGGGGACUGACAGAGUUUCUGUGGACCCUGAACUCUGAAAUCAUCCAUCAGAAGCUGCAUCUGCUCAUGCAGACAUAAUAUGGUUUAGUGAACUAUGACCUCUGGAAUGCAUACUCUUUUAAGGAGCUGUUUCUUUUUGUAAUAGUUUUAUUCUUAUUGAAGCACCAGACUGCAUGAAUCUCUGGAUCAUUUUUGUAUUAAGAGUGCUCCACUCCUCUAACGUUGUGCUCCUACAACGUUGCUGCAACAGAACCAGGAAUGUCGUCUUUAAUUAUUCCAAACAUUCAUCUUCAACACCUGGUGCCUAUAUUACCCACAAUGUAACUCAACCACAACAGUUUGGUUGGAGAUUCAGGUGUGUUAUUCUAGUGGCAGCUACAGCAGCUUGGUGCUACCAGUCUGUGGCAGAGGUCUGGUAAGCGCUUUGUAACUCUAUGCCCCCAGAUUGUUUUGUUUUCAGUGCUGUAGUAUUGACACUCGUUCAACACUUACUCAAGUGAGAUUGAGGCAAUUCAUCAGAUUUUACACAGCUUCCUGUGGAGCCACAUAAUUCCUUUAUACAGCUUCUUUUUUUUUUUUUUAACAUGCAGUCAUCACACCCAACAUAUUGUACUAGAUUUUUCUUUAUAAGGAUCUUCCAGUUGGUGAAAUAAUGCAGUGAAUACAGUAUCUAAGUGAUGCUUCUGGGUCUGUGCUCAGCUAAAAUCAGUCAUUAUUAUCAGCCAUGCCUGUAUGAGUUGGCUCUAAUUCUGUUAUACCAUACUAUUUCUAAUGUUUGCUUGAUUGUUCACGUCCUUUAAAAUACUGCCUAUAUGUCAGCAUCUUUCAAAAGGCCUAUCGUUUUAAGUUCUACAAUAUUAUACAUCAGUUUCAGGAUGUAUAUUUCCAGAUAAGUACCAAGAAAUUGCAGUACAGAUUAGCUUGUUUGAGGCCAUUUAGACAUGUCAAGGUUUUUGGUUUUCAAAUGUCCAGGAGAUAUUUUAGUUAAUUUUUCACCCAAAUCUGAAGAACCCUAAAGAUGUCAUCAUUUAAUGUGUUUAUUGUAAAAAUCCCAUUGAUCAGAAUGUGUUUGUCACAUGUGGUUCAUGUUUUUAGGGACUUCUGUUAUUGUAUAUGCACCUGUACUUGAUGGGGGUCAUGGUUGAAGUUUGUCCCAUCAUGUACUUGGUGAGAGGCAGUAAGAUUUAAAAUAACUGCCGAUUAGGGCUUUACUUAUACUGGGAUUCUGAAGGCAGACAUUAAUGUUUUGAGUUGAAAUAUCCAAUAUGUUAUGCAUAUAGUUUAUAUGUAUGUAUAGAUUGGUUAUUAAAAAAAAAAGCCUAAGAUACUGAAUUGUAUUUUACAGCUGACAAACUUGUCAGUGCUCUCCGAUUUAUCUCAGGCAGGCUACGGUAAAAUCAGUCAAUAAUAUUCACCAUGUUGACGUAUCAGGUGGGCUUUAAUGCACAUGUUCAACUCUUACUGAACCAGUGAGGUUUAAAAAUGUCUUACUUUAGCGUGCUACAAAUACAGUCACUGACAACUUGCAGGCGAGAGCAGCACUGUUUGGUGAUACAAACUUGCAGUGCAUAAAAAUGCUAAUUACUGUCAGUACUUGAUCAGCAGAACUCAUCCGUGACUGGCUUCACUGAGGAUUUUCGGGAGGUUGAAUGAAGAGCACUCGGCCCUCUGUACCAAACCUGCCAGUCAAAGAGGGUUUGUGUUGAAAUCUGCAUCGCGCAGAGGCUGCAGUUUACCCCAAAGUGCCUGUUCUCUUUAACAGCACAUCAUUUCAUCCCUGGAUGUAGGGGAUCUGUUUAUUUUUUUGGCCGUCAUGCAGCUUGCAUUUAAUUUCUCUGUUUUGUGUCCAGUGAGAAACUUCCUAUGCUCAUACAAAAGGACGUUCUCAGUGCAUUAAAAUGUUUUAUGCUGCAUGAACUACAACUAUGAAACUGGACAUAGGUGAAAUCAUGCUCUGUUUAUUUGUUGUUUAAUAUUAGUAUAAUGUGACAGAAAUUUAUUUUCUUAU